UCGAUAAAUCCUAGCCAGAUCGUAAUCGCAAGGCUUUUUAUGUGAAAUCAUGUGGUCCGUGCUUCUGACGAAUGAGUUCGACAGGGCAUCAGUUGAAUUAUGCGUUGACUAAAUCAAUGCAUGAAAUGUAUCAAAUAGUAAUGUUGCUGCAUAUCGUUAGAAAUACGCAGUUAUUCAAGCUGAGGGUGUAUGAAUUAAAGUCUACAUCGAAACGACAAAGGUGUGAGGAAAAUACUCUGGAAAAUGGGGAUCGGAGACUGUGAAAAUGGCAAUUCUCUUGAUUCUGAUAGAUUGAUGAUUGAGACAAGGCUGGAGAAAGGAGAACUGGCUGUUAAGAUUCAAGAUGAACGACAGAAGCAACUUCUGUACCGAGCCUCCGACCAUCCCCCCAUAUACCUGACAAUCUUCUGUGGUUUCCAGCACACUCUGAUUUCCCUGUCCGGAGUUAUGGCGGUUUCCCUGCUGGUCGCGGAUGUGACAUGCGCAGCUCCAUACGAAGACAUUAAAACGACACUACUGAGUUCUACUCUGUUGAUGUCAGGGAUUUGUACAAUUCUCAUGAGUCUCAUUGGUUCAAGACUCCCUCUCUUUCAAGGAGCAGCUGGCGAUUUUCUGAUUCCUCUAUUAGCUAUGCAGGUCCUGGAUAAGACGAGGUGUGAUUUACCAACUAAUUUCAGUUCAGACACCAAUUCCUCUACAACAAACACGUCCAGCAUGCCAAUGUUAGACAGAAGAGAUUUCGUCUUGAACAAUAUUCGUGAAUUACAAGGAAGUCUGAUCGCAGCUGGAACAUUUCAAUUUUUACUUGGUGCGACGGGUUUCGUGAGCCUCCUUCUGAAAUUCAUCGGACCAAUUACCAUUGUCCCCACUCUCUUUCUGAGCUGUGUCUUCAUCGUCAGAGCAUGCGUCAAAUUUGCUUCCGUUCAUUGGGGCAUAUCAAUGUUGGUGACUGCCGUGUCGUUGAUACUGUCCCUGUAUUUAAGCCACCGAAACACUCCAAUCCCGAUGUGGACUAGGAAGAAAGGAUUUCACAUUAUAUGGUUUCCACUACAUCAAGUUUAUUCGAUCCUGAUAGGAAUUUUGAUUGGCUGGGCUGUGUGUGGCAUCAUGACAGUGACCGGAGCUUUCAGCCCAGACGACAAGCUAGCUAGAACGGACACGGGUUUGAGUGUCAUCAGACAGGCACAAUGGUUCCGCAUACCUUAUCCAGGUCAGUUUGGUUCCAUUUCAUUCAGCACGAGCGUUUUUGCGGGAUUCCUAAUAGGCACUGUUACUUCAGUUAUUGAUUCAAUUGGUGACUACUACGCAUGCGCUAAAAUGGUUAACGUUCCUCCCCCACCUGUACAUAGUGUUAACCGCGGAAUCGCCAUAGAGGGGUUUUGUAGCCUAAUAGCGGGGUUCAUGGGAUGUGGGCACGCCACCACGACUUACGGAGGAAAUAUUGGUGCAAUCGGUGUUACUAAGGUUGGUAGCCGGGAUGUAUUCAUUACUGUGGGUGUAAUUUACUUUGUGUUCGGGAUCAUUGGAAAAGUGUCGGCGGUUUUUCUGACAAUCCCUUACCCCGUCCUUGGCGGGGCCCUCAUUGUGAUGUUUGGCAUGUUUAACGGUGUCGUCCUGUCAAAUCUACAAUUUGUCUCCCUUAAUUCGUCAAGAAACCUCGCCAUUAUGGGAACGGCCAUUUUGUUUGGUCUCAUGAUUCCACACUAUUUGGAGACUCAUACCGAUGCGAUUCAAACAGGAUCGACAACCAGUGAUGGCGUGAUUAAAAUGUUGCUGGUCAAUCCCAACUUAUGCGGGGGUGUUGUGGCCUGUUUCCUAGACAACACAGUUAGAGGUACUUUGAAAGAAAGGGGAAUAGAAGCAUGGCAUAAUAUGAUUGACGAGAAAGCAGACGACGGAGAAAAAUACGAUGAUGACAUCACAAUUUAUGACAUUCCCCUCCCAAAAGUAUUGAGAGAAUCCAAAUUGUUUAGGCGUCUGCCUUUCAUCCCCUCUAAGUAAAAUGAAUCUUACAUCAUAUGAGUGGAUUGUUGUCGAGUUUGCAUUUUACAUGUAUGGAGACAUUUGCCAAUAUUCGUGAGAUUAAUAAUGAUACAGAGAUUUUGAAUGUUUGAAAUUCUGUGUUGAUGUCUGUUUUAAAUGAAAAUAAGUAUGAUGACUUAACGCGAUUGAUUGAAACAUUUUGAAAUUUGUACAUAUAACGCCAAACCACAGGAUGAUGUUUUUAAAAUGUUUUCAUCAAAAUAUAGUAUCAUAUAUGGUUUUAAAAAUAAACUGUAGAGAUUACUA